AGACCCAGGGCAGGGUAGGGCAUGGAAGUCCCACUUCUGCAGUGACUGAGAAGCUGAGUUCAAGAAAAGCAGUUACACCAGAGAGAGAGAGAGAGAUAGAUUUGGGUUUUCUGGAAACGUCUUCUUUAAUUUUCUUCAAUUUGUUAAAUUUUGGGGUUUGAGUUUCGGUAGAAAGGAGAGUAGAUUAGCUGAGUCAGAGAAUCCUGAGGUUUUCUGGAGGUUUUCGAUUCGGAGACGAGGAGUUUCAGUAGAAGAAAGGGUUUUUUAUCCCCUUUUUCCCCUUAUAGAGGUGAGUCUGUUGUUGAAUGGGAUAUUGUUGCGGAGAAGAACGCGGCCAUGCGAAAGUCGUUUAAGGAUUCCUUAAAAGCCCUUGAAGCUGAUAUUCAGCAUGCGAAUACUCUGGCUUCGGAUUACCCGAGGGAAUAUGAUGGGGCAUGCCUUCAAAUGAGGUUAACUUAUAGCCCAGCUGCUCACUUUUUUCUUUUUCUAGUUCAAUGGACUGAUUGUCACCUUGCUGGCGCCCUUGGAUUGCUUAGAAUACUUAUUUACAAGGCUUAUGCUGAUGGAAAAACCACUAUGUAUAUUCAUGAAAGGAAAGCCAGCAUUAAAGAAUUUUAUGCCGUAAUAUUUCCUUCUGUAUUGCAACUUCAACGAGGAAUCACUGAUGUGGACGAUCGUAAACAGAGAGAACUCUGUUCUGCAAAAUACAGGAAGAAGGAUGAGAUGGACAAAGGUAAAAUGUCCGAGAUUGAUAUAGAGAGAGAGGAGGAGUGUGGUAUUUGCAUGGAGAUGAGCAGUAAGGUUGUCUUACCCAAUUGCAACCACGCGUUGUGCAUGAAAUGUUACCGGGACUGGCGAACGAGGUCUCAGUCCUGCCCUUUCUGUCGGGAUAGCCUCAGAAGAGUGAACUCUUGUGACCUUUGGAUCUACACUGACAACCACGAGGUUGCUGACCUGUCUGCAAUCUGUAGGGAGAACUUAAAGAGAUUGUUCAUAUACAUAGAUAAACUACCUGUAGUUGUUCCUGAUCCUGUUUUUGCUUCCUAUCAUUCUCAUGUUAGGUAAGGGCUUUGACUACGGAUUUUGGAAAAGAAAAUUGUACAUAGAAGCCUGCUUGUAUAUAAUUGUUUCCCUCUCCCUCAUCUUCACUGUAAAUUCUGAUUGUUUUUAGAAGGCUUCAAUGUCUGAAUCCUCUGUUGUGGGUCAUUCUCUAUUUAAAUAGAUUUUCAGUUUCUCUUA